AUUUAUCUCGAUCCAUUGACAAAUGAUUUAUACAUGGCCAUGAAACGUGAACAUUCAGUACUAAAAUUGGCAUACAAUAAUAACACUCCUGUAAUUCUAGCAGCUAAUAAUCGGAUUCAACGAUGGCUACCAUCAGCUAAAAGUGGUGAUAUAAUUAUUGGUUCUGCAGCUGGUGCAUCAGGUACAACAGCAAUUUAUUGA